GAGGAGGCAUAAUAAACUCUCUCUGUAUUUGAGCCUGACCCACAAAGAGACACUUUGGGGACAGAGGAAGAGUGCGGAGGGAACACUGUGAAAUCUGAAGAGGCACAAGACAGACCAAAGACAAACUAACUUAGUGUAGGCUGAGAAAUUUAUUGAAACAAGUCAAAAGACACCUUUUGAGUUAGUAACAAACAGAGUUAGUGAGAAAACCAUAGUGGCUGUAGGGAACCAGAGGCUGUUGGAGAGGACAAGUCCAGGUCAGGCUGGAUCAGAUUGUGUGUUAGUUACGGUGUAGUGAGAGAGGGUAAGAGAUGUUGUCUGGAAGUAUUGUAUGGGGGACUCUGCUGGUACUGUCCUGUGCUCUCAAACUCUCCUUGGCACAGGAUGAACACAUGAACAACGCACUGAGACUAAUGUCAGAGACACCACUGAUUGAAGGCCAUAAUGACCUGCCCUGGCAGAUGAGGAUGAAGUUUAACAACCAGCUGAAUAAAGUGGAUCUGUACACCCUCAACAACACACACACCAACAUCCCCAAGAUCAGGGAGGGACGACUGGCAGCACAGUUCUGGGCAGCAUAUGUACCAUGUGAGACUCAGUACAAAGAUGCCGCCAGACAAACUCUGGAGCAGAUUGACGUCAUCCACAGAAUGUGCAUGAAAUACCCUGAAGCCUUCAUGUUUGCUACCAGCAGCAAAGAUAUCAUGGAUGCCUUUAGUCAGAACAGGACAGCCAGUCUGAUCGGGGUGGAAGGAGGACACUCUUUGGACAGCAGCCUGGGCACCCUGCGCACCAUGUACCACCUGGGGGUCCGCUACCUCACCCUCACACACAGCUGCAACACACCCUGGGCAGAUAAUUGGCUCGUGGAUUCGGGAGCCGAGCCAUCACAGCACAAUGGACUGUCUGAGUUUGGCAAGCAACUGAUAUUUGAGAUGAACCGCAUUGGGAUGUUGAUUGACUUGGCCCACGUGUCAGAGAAAGUGAUGAACCAGGUUCUGGACCUGUCCAAAGCCCCAGUCAUCUUCAGCCACUCGUCUGCCUACGCUGUGUGCCCACACAAGAGGAACGUGCCUGACGAUGUCCUGAGGAAAGUGCGAGACAAAAAAGGCAUUGUCAUGGUGAACUUUUACAACGACUAUGUCACAUGCAGCAAUACAGCCAACCUAUCACAGGUGGCAGAUCACUUUGACCACAUAAAGACUGUGGCUGGACACAUUAUCAUUGGUUUUGGUGGGGAUUAUGAUGGAGUGGGCAGGGUACCGGAGGGUCUGGAGGACGUGUCCAAGUACCCUGCCCUGGUGGCAGAGCUGCUGAGGAGAGGAUGGACAGAUGUUGAGGUGAAAGCUGCUCUGGGGGACAACCUUCUCAGAGUGUUCAGAGAGGUGGAGCAUGUACGAGAUAGCCUGAAUGGUACGGCUCCAGAUGAUCUGCCUAUCCCUUAUGAAGAAGUGGAGAACGACUGCAGGACCAGCUAUGGCUACCCUGUCCCCAACCCAGACAGUGCUGGGACGGUUCUGUCCCUCAGCCCUCUGGCCCUGGCAAUAACACUGACUCUGAGCAGCCUGCUGUCCUGGGCCUAGAUUCACAAAACCUUCUGAAGAAGACAUUUCUUCUUAACUGCCAUUUUUUACUUAACUAUAUACUUAAGAAGAAAGUUAAGCAAAGUUGCUAUUCCUCGAAAAGGUUAUUGGAAAUUUGUAACACCUUACUACUUGAGUUCUGUGGUCACUUCAUCUUUCACAAGUUCUAUUGGGGAUGGAGUCCAUGAACUGUGAUUGAAGGAAGGAUUUGUACAUAGAAAUGUUAACAUUACUAAACCAGUAAGUGCUUCCGAAACGGUGUUGACCUUAUACCAAGCAAACCCAUGACCAGGCUACUUUACAUUUUAGUUUAAAUUGAAUGGUUAAAUGUGGCCCUCAGUAAAUAAAUAAUCAGGAAAAUUGUAUAAUCAUUCGUUUUUUUGUAUAUAAUAAUAUGCAUCUAAUAAAAACUUUACCAUGCUG